AUGGCAUCCCCAGGCUUUGCUGUUAAUGGAACUCCUAUGGUUGUCAUCUCAGACAAUGCAAACGCUACCCAGACCAAUCAACCUGUGGUUUUCAGAGGCUAUGAACAAGCCCCAGGGGUGACAGACUUACAGCUCCCCGUAAGUGUGAUGCAACAUGUCAAAGGCACCCCAAACUCACCGAAGGCAUCCAUGGAGCUCAAUGGUCCACAGAUGGUGCUCCAGAAUCCCCCUGGCAUGUCAGACUUGACAAAUGCACCCACAGAGCUUCAAAGUCCUUCCAUGGUGAUCCAGGAUCCCGUGGCAAUGGCGAAUUUCCAACAUUCACCAAUGGCGGCUAUGAAUGUGACAGGAACAACCAACCUACAGAACUCACCCAUGGUGAACCAGAAUCCCACUGUGCUUAACCCAGAAGCCACACACACUAUGAAUCAAUCCUAUCAGUCCUUUUCGUUUGUAGACUUUUCUAAAUUUGAUGUCAAGAAAUUCGUAAAUGAGGAGAUCAACUCUUUCGGGGCUGUACAAAUCAUGAUUGGCCUGAUACAUAUCUUCUUUGGCCUUGGUGUCUAUUAUUUACCAUCCAGACUACUCUUUUUUACGGGAUAUCCAUUCUGGGGAGGAUUGUGUACUCAACCCAAACAGCUGAUGCUUUUAUUUCUCUUUCAGGUGAGAGGCCAUUUGGGAAUGAAUAUCGUCAGAGUCGUAAUCACUAUUAGUGGGAUAUUAUUGCUUAUAAUGGACUUAUUACGGAAGGGAGGGAAGAACAUGAAUGACCUUAUCUCAGGCGUCCUCCUCCUCUUCAGUCUCUUGGAAUGUCUGAUCACCUGUAUAGCUUCUUACUUUGGUUUUAAGACCACCGAGUGGAAGGAGUGGCCCACCCCAACCCCUCCUUCCCCUGCCUGA